AUGGCCCUGGAGAAGCCUCCCCCCAAUGCACUCCGCUUCAUCAACAAUGGCAUGUACGAAGUCAUUCCCGACGAAGCCCUAUGCGACGAACAUCCUAUCGGCGCUUCCUCUGACGGCCUCUGUCUCCUCUGCCAGCACAUGGUGUCGCCGAUUUUUCUGGCGGUGCUUAGUGGCAACCUUGGCCCCGGCCGAUCCCACUUUAACCACCACCAGUGGGUGCAGCUGAAAAAAUGUGCUGCGCGAGACUGUCUUUUCUGCCGAUAUCUCGUGGCGCACUUCAUUGACGGCGAGGCCGAACUGGAACGCUACUCCACAACAGUCUUCUGGGAAGACGGGAAUUUUGCGCGCCAUCUACGUAUUCGCGCGCCAAAGUCCAGUCCCUACGAGCAGGGCCCGCUGGGGCCGUGGGCUAUUCGUUACCAUACACCGCUAGAUCAGCUAGAUUAUUAUGCCAAAUGGGCAGCGACGAUGUACAUCCAUCUCCAACCGUCGGAUGGCCGAGACAUCAGCGAAUACCUUGACGGUAAGAGCGAGGCAUCAGCGCGACGCAUCAAGGCCGCCUUGCGCUCAUGCUGCGAUUCUCAUCAAUCCUGUGGAACGCGAGACCCUCCUCUCCUGCCGCGUCGGGUCCUCGACGUGCAGGAGAUGCGGCUGCACAUAUCCCAGCCCAACCAGCGCGCCCAUUACACAGCCCUGAGCUACUGCUGGGGCGGGCAACAAUCCUUCACAACCACAACCAAGACGUACUCCUCAUUCCAGGACCGAAUUCUCCCUCAGGACGUGCCCCAGACCCUCCAGGACGCCGCCAUCGUCACCCGCCAGCUCGAUCUCCGCUAUCUUUGGAUCGACGCUCUCUGCAUCAUCCAAGACGACCCCCUCGACGUCGCUAUCGAAAUUAACUCCAUGACUGACAUAUACAAGAAUGCAACCGUCGUAAUCUCCGCCGAAGCCGCGUCCAGUGCGGGAGAAGGCUUCCUCUCGCAGCGACUUCCUUCUUCCGCCAUCGCAUUUCCCAUAAGUUACUUCUCCCUGUCCACCGAAGACCUGACCGUGUCCAUCACAGGACCGAGGCCAGAAGGGAAGAGAUAUGCAUACCUGGUCCCAACAGAUCCACGAACCCCAAGCGCCCUCUCCACGCGCGCCUGGAUCUUCCAGGAAUUCCUCCUCGCCCGUCGCCUCCUGAUCUUCACUCCCCACGGCCCGCUAUGGAUCUGCCAGCAGAAUCCCGAUUCCUCCUCUGACUUCAGUGUCACUGAUCACGAGCAGAAUUGGCUCUGGCGCAAAUACCGCGACGCAAGACAAGCCCUCUGCGAACUCUCCCAGCCCCCGCCCCCACCCCCAGAAAGGCACCCAACCGCUUUCUACCCGCAGCGCCUGAUCUGGUCAAAACUUGUAUCCACCUACGCCCCGCUCUUGCUAACCUACGCGCGCGACAAACUCUCUGCGAUCGCGGGUAUCGCGCGAGAGUUCCACUCAUGCACCGGGGAAACCUACGUCGCGGGGCUGUGGGCAACGGACCUCCUUUUGCAGCUGGGGUGGUGGCGCGACGAGCUGCACCACAAGCAGCAUCGGGUUCUGGAUGCAGAGAUGCAGAUCGUCCCCUUGCAGGCUGAUGUUGAUGGCCACGUGCCGAGCUGGUCGUGGGCGAGUCUUCCAGGGAAUGUCGCGGGUCUUAAUGUUCCACAUGCCUAUCGGUAUGAGGAGGAAACGGCACUGCGAGUGCUGGAGUGGCAGGUCGAACUAUUGCAUGCAGAGAAUCCCUUUGGGGCUGUCAAGGGUGGAUUCUUGCGCGUCGAGGGGUUUGUGUUUGACUUGACCUACUUGCAUAUUAACUGGAAUGAGACGUCGGGGACGUUUGCCUUUUUAGAUUGCGAUGGAUCACGGUACUUUCCUCGUGGUAGAGCCGAUUUCAAGGGGUUGUUUUUGGGGGAGACUCCGUUAGGGGCGGGGUGGGGAGGUGGCGCGGAUGCAUUGAUUAUUGACAAGGUGGAGGGAAAGGGAAAUGAGGAUGGAGAUGAAGUGUAUCGUCGAGUUGGACAUACAUCUUUGUCUUUCUGUGCCGGGGGCCGGCUGCAAACCAUGCUGGAGGGAUUGCAGAUGCGGCGAUUGGUUUUGAUAUGA